UUAACAGUAUCUAUGCGACAGCCAGACGUCGCGGUCAGCACGUGUGCGCAUCAACGUGCGGGGAAUACCACCGUUUAUCCUUUCCAUACCAGCGUAGUGAUCUAGGUAUUUUAUUUCGGUAUAUAUUAUAGAUCCUUGAAAUAUAUAUAUAUAUUUUAUUCGCGGUAACCAAACCAAUAAUUAAUACUAUAUAAUACGCGACAGCCAAUGGGCAACCAAGAGGAAAGAAAACCGUUGCUGGGCGGAAGGAACAACAAUGGAGAUGCCACUGCAAAGUCCCACUACUUGAGUCUGGACCAAUCCAGGGAUCCGAUCGCGUUUGCUGGUACUACGGAUUUGUCCAAUCAGCAGAGUAUUACAUACACAUGGACCAACAUGAAUGUCCAUACGAAAAACGGCAAAAGUCGAAAUAUUUACCAGACGAUGGCUUCCUGUUGUUCGAACAACUCCAAGCACAAAUUACAGAAAAAGCAAAUUUUAAAAAACGUGAGUGGUUCUGCGCACCCCGGAGAACUAUUGGCUCUAAUGGGCUCUAGCGGAGCUGGGAAAACUACCCUACUAAAUUCCUUAACGUUCAGGGGCGAUCGAAACGUCGAGGAAAUGGGCACAAGAGCCAUCAACGGCAUGCCUGUUAAUGCAAACACAUUGGCAGCUGUCUCUGCGUACGUCCAACAACAUGACUUAUUCAUCGGCACUCUCACCGUCAGGGAACAUCUGACGUUCCAAGCUCUAGUUCGGAUGGAUCGACAUAUACCGUACGAAAAACGGAUGGCUCGCGUAGAAGAAGUCAUACAAGAGCUAUCGUUAAAGAAGUGUGAAGAUACAAUAAUCGGUGUAGCUGGAAAAAUUAAAGGAUUAUCAGGUGGCGAAAUGAAACGUCUAUCUUUUGCUUCAGAAGUACUCACCGAUCCACCUUUGAUGUUUUGCGACGAACCCACGUCAGGACUGGACUCGUUUAUGGCGCAGAAUGUGGUUAGUGUACUCAAGUCGAUGUCGACCAAAGGCAAAACUAUCGUGUGCACCAUUCAUCAGCCUUCUUCUGAAGUUUACUCCAUGUUCGACAAGAUACUUCUAUUGGCCAGCGGCCGGACCGCUUUCUUAGGCACGCCCAACGAGGCUAUAGAGUUUUUCAAAAUGCUCGGCGUCACCUGUCCGAAAAAUCACAACCCUGCCGAUUUCUUUAUACAACUGUUGGCCGUGGUACCUACACAAGAAGUGGCUUCGUACGAGACCAUCGACACCGUUUGUGAAGCGUACGAGAAUUCUAAAUACAAACAAAACAUGAUGGAUCAUCAGCACGAUUUGACUGCCAUGAAAAAAAAUACAUUAGACUUGAGUCCCCAAAGGUUGGCCAAUCGUUCGCCUUACAAAGCCACGUGGCUCGAACAGUUCUCGGCUGUGUUUUGGCGGUCUUGGUUGAGCGUCAAGAAAGAACCGACCAUAACCAAAGUCAGAAUCGUACAGACAGUGAUGGUAGCAAGUUUGAUAAGUUUUAUAUUCUACAAUCAGCAUCCGGAUCAGGACGGCGUUACGAACAUCAACGGUGCGCUGUUUAUGUGUAUAUCGAACAUGACUUUUCAAAACGUUUUAGCCGUUAUAAAUGUAUUCUGUUCAGAGCUUCCAGUGUUUAUGCGUGAACAUCACAACGGCAUGUACCGAACAGAUGUUUACUUUCUGUGCAAAACGAUAGCCGAAGUGCCUAUAUUCCUGGCCAUUCCAGUAAUAUUUACUGCCAUCAUGUACUAUUUAAUCGGUCUCAACCCUAAACUGAUACACUUUCUUACGGCCGUUUUGAUUAUAACUCUAGUUAGUCUCGUAGCAGUUUCCUUCGGUUAUUUAAUAUCGUGUGUGAGUGGCAGUAUAUCAGUUGCUUUGUCAAUAGGACCCACUAUUGUUAUACCGUUCUUGCUAUUUGGUGGUUACUUCUUGAACGUUGGUUCGAUUCCCCCUUACUUCCGGUGGUUGAGCUUCUUUUCAUGGUUCAAGUAUGCCAACGAAGGACUUCAAAUAAAUCAGUGGGCUGAUAUCGAAAGAAUUCAGUGUAAUAGAGUAAACACCACUUGUCCUCGAACUGGUCACGGCGUCUUAGAGUCAAAUAAUUUUCUAGAGUCGGAUUUCUUUAUGGACAUAAUUCUACUGUUCUGUUUGAUCUUCAUAUUUCGGAUGUUGGCAUUUUUGGCCCUUCUUGUCCGAACAACAAGAAACAAAUGAAAUGUACAUUGGACAAUGUUUUACGAAUGUUAUUGAAAGUGAACUGGGCAUUGUCAUAAGAUAACAUCAUUGUUAUUCGUUAAUUAUUUUUAUUUACGUAUUAUUUAUUGUUAAAUACACGCAAAUUUUAUACUUA